CCAAGCCUGAGGGGUUUUUGUUGUGGCUGAUACUCGACAAGCUUUGAAAUAACAGAAAGUGGUAAGUGUGCAAAAGAAGGCUUAUGAUUUUAUAAACUCAGCUUAGCCAUUUUCAGUUCAUUUUUCUCGUUGCUCAGUUAUAGCAAGCUGUAGUUCUACCAAUUUAUAAUAAGUAUCCAUUCAAAUUGUUUCGAAAACGAAACCAUGAAUGUAUUCUCCUGCAAUAACACCAAAUUUUCUUGACUAAUGUACAAAACUACCUCACCUAUUUCAUCUUAGCUUAGCCAUGACAAACCCCAUUCAUUAAAUUUGUCGUGUAUUUGAGAUUUGUUUUGUUUGUCCUUACUCAGCCGGAGUGAUUCUGUGAGACAAGAAAAGAUGACUAGUAAUUUGCCCUCCCUUCCCUCAGAAGUAAUUGAAAAGAUAGUUGCUUUCUUGCCGCUGCCAGACGUCUGCAUCUGUAUGUUGGUAUGCAAAGAAUGGAAAGUGAGUAAAGACUGUCCAUAUGAAAACUUUUGGUUUUAAAAGUCUCCCUGGCAAUUAUUAAGAUGUGACAAAAAUUUGACAUAAGUUUUCCAAAUCCCAACAGGCAAGUAAUCUCUCUAUGGGAUACAUUUGUCUCUUGUUCUGUAAUAAUAGCAGAAGAUCUUACUAUCUUGUUUUAAACUUCUUUGAUGUACCUCUUCAAAUCAUCUAUGAACUGUGUCAAAAGAAAUAACAAUUACUACUCACUUAAAAUUAAAGACUAGCUAAAAUAGUCAUGAAUUUUUUUUGUGUUUUAUUUUUUAUACAUCAGGAAAUGUUUUCAUCAGAGCAGUUUAGUAAAAAUUAUGUGCUCAACCAUUACAAUUUUGAUGAUGAAGAACAACCUAGUGGACAUCUUUAUGCGUGGUCUGACCCAGAGGAAUGGUUUCAUUACUGGGAUGACAAUGAAGAUAAUUCCAAUGUGUGGGUGUUUUCUAAUCAUCCAAAGCGCUGGAAAUGUGGCAUUGUUCAUUUAGCAAGUUACUCACUUGUCUCAGACAAACAGCUAAAGUAUAAAAGUUUCCUCCGGGCUGUGUACAUUUUGAACAGAAUAAAGAAGGCUGCAGAGGAGCUUGGACUGGAUUGUGGUAAGUAAGACUAGGAGAAAUCAGGGUUCAUUUCCAAGUGGAUGCCCCAAAUAUUCCAAGAUUAAAUUAAAAAAAAAAAAACAAAUCACAACAACUAUACUUAGUGAUUGGCUGUAACCUUUUCACUCCUAAGAGCUUAAAGUUGAUUUUCCUUGCUAAUGGGUACAUUCCUUUGUUAUCUGGUUCUGAGUCAAGAGUAUUUCCCUAGUCAACAAUCUUCUCAGUUUAUUCUCAUUGCCUGCCAGUUUACAAUGUAUUAAAAAAGGUAAGGAUAAUUUAUAUGGUGGAUACUCCUAGUGUCAAAGGUUUAAAAACUUGUGUCCCUUUCAUUUGUAAAUAUAACACCAUUUGUGAUUUUUUAAUGUGGAUCUUUUCUUGCUGAAGUGUUAGUCAAAUUGUUAUGGCUGCUUUGCUUUUUGUUUUAACUUUUUCUUUAUAGAAAAUGAGCAGUGAACGUUGUCUUAUUCAAUAAGGUAUGUUUUUUCUGUAAUAGGUGCUUGGGCAAAUGAAGGCUCUGGAUUGAUAGAAACAUGCUUAUUUCCUUGGGAUAAAGAUUCCCUCCCCACAGCUACAGAUAUAAUUUCACUUUAUGGUUUCAAUCCUGAAAUGCAAAAGAACCCACUGGUGAGGGGUGAAGGUGAAGACAAGGAUAGUGGUGAUGAAAGUAGUGAUGAUGAGGAAGAUGGAGGCUGUGUUCGUUGGAAGUCUUUGAGUACAUCAUAUGAUGUUGAUGUGAAGAAAGCUCAUGCUUUCUUUGACUGGAUGAAGGAAAUUUUUUCCCCUUAUAUUCAAAUUGGUGUAGGUUGUGAUGCAAUGAAUCCAGUUCCUUGUUUCAUUUUGGCAAAACUUGCUCCAGGUUGGGUGGGGGGUAUACUUUCUUCAUUGGCUCUGACUUAGUCUAGUUUGUGCAUGUAUUAUUAAUUAAAUUGAAAGAAUGACAUUGUGAAUUAGAUAAUUAAUUUAAUUAAUUUAAUGCAAAAAUACUUCCCAUUGAGAGAAGUUACAGCUAGAGUUAAUCCUCACUAACAGACAAAGACUAAUGUGUUGAGGAAGCAAAAUACACUACACUGCAAAUAAAUACUAAAUAAACACAUUAUACUAUAACAAAAAAGACAUAUGCACAUUAUACAGUUACUGGAAAUACAUAAAUCUAUACUUUACCCCAAUGCAUUCAUAUUUAAUCUAAGUGAAUCACAUGCAAUUUCUAGGGGGGGAGAGGGGGGUACGAUUAUAUUAAAGAAAAUCAUGAGACCAUGAGCACUUUACCAAAUAGGUUCUACAUGUUGUUAAAGUUGUUUCAUUGAAUAAAUAUUUAGAAAAGAUUAUUUCUGAAGCUAACAAAAUUUUGUGGGCUAGAUGAGUCAAAAUGCUAAAGGCAAAAGGCAGAUAACAUAAUCAGGAUAACCACAUGAGGUGAUGUACCAUAUGAGGUAAAUAUUCUACAUCUAACUUCACAAACUAAAAUAUUUAAAAUGAGGAUAUCCAUUGGGCCUCAGUUUCUCUUAGUGUUUUAAAUGUGUUUGUUAAAAAGCAACCAGGAGCUGCCUUUCUCUACCACAGGUUCAUUCUGAAACUCAAAAGUAAAUAUUUAGGCCUCUCAAAAAGCAACCAGGAGCUACAUUUCCCUACUACAGGUUCAUUCUGAAACUCAAACGUAAAUAUUUAGGCCUCUCUAGGUUUAAAGUAGACCUUUUUUUAAGUUAGACAAAUCUCAUUUAAAAAUUGCGGGUGACUGAAUGUAGUAAAAACUAGAUUUUGAUACAUUAAAAUAUUUAGAUAUUCCCUUGAAAUCUUAGAUGGAAACCAUCCAAAUGUUAAUUAAAUAAAAUAUACCUGUUAUAGAUUUUGCACAGGGUGCAACAGUGCCCACAUUUCCAUAAUCUUAAUAGUUAGGUUUAUUUUUGUGUAGUCUUGCUGUCAGGGUUAGAAAACUGUCAGCUCCUGAAUUAUUUUGGGAAUUUUGGGCAAAAUUUGAGCUAUCUCCUGUGAGAUUGGGGAUUGACCACUGAUGUCAGAAGUGAUUUAAAGUCUAACGACA